GAGAGUAAAAGGGAAACAGAGAAAGGGAAGAGAGCAAGUGGAUGGGGGAGAGAUCUAAAGGCAAUUGUUGCUUAAGAAAUUUCAUUUCUGUCCUAGAGGAGCAAGCUGGGAUUGGAUAUUGCAGGUUAAACGGAACCAGGCAGAAGACACAUCCAGACCACUCAAGGCGAUGGCUGAGUUUAACGAGUACUCUCAGAUUCAGCUCACAUAUGUGGCAUCGAUAACACAGCAGAAACCUCUUCAUUGUCUUCUGUAGGAGACGGUCAAGCUUUCUGUCGUUUUACCUGCGGACACUAUGAGGAACUCGGUCGCUCUGAGCCAGCCGGGGAUUCUACUUCUUCUGGUCACAUGUCCUCUGCUAACUAUCCUGCAGGGUGUCACCUGUAAGGCAGAGAGUGGACACUUAGGGGACAAUGAUCCUGACAGGUGUAUGAGGCACCACUUUGUUGAGACCAUCACACAUCCUAUCUACAAGUGCAAUUCAAAGAUGGUCCUCCUGGCUCGAUGUGAGGGUCACUGUAGCCACACAUCUCGUUCAGACCCACUGAUUUCAUUUAGCUCUGUCCUGAAGCAGCCUUUCAAAAAUACAUGUUUCUGCUGCCGUCCACACACCUCCAAACUGAAGGCAGUACGUCUUCGAUGCUCGGGUGGGACACGGAUAACAGCUACUUACCGUUACAUCCUUGCGUGCAGCUGUGAGGAGUGCAGCUGAAUGAAUUUGUCAUGGAGAAAGACCCUCUGGGCUGAAACACACAAAAAAGUUUGAAGGUACACUUUAUUGCUGAUGAUUCAGAGCAACCAUUUUACGAUUCAUUAGCACUGCCGAAAUGUUGCCAACAACCCAUCGAGACUUCAAGAAGAAUCACAUCAUGUGUAAAGCGGCGCAUGCACUCGGAUUUCCAGAUGUCGGCCUGCCCGUCACACCUGCGCAUGCGCUCAGCCAGUCAAUUUACUUUUAUUGCAUUCCAUUGUUUUGAUCACUGCGUGUGUAAAAUAGCGGAUGCUGACAACAACAUCGUAAAUCUUGAAGGAAAUUUGAUGAAGCUAAGUGGGAGUCACUUUGGUAGACUACGUUUUACAAUAUCAGAGAGGCUAAAUACAAACCAGGACAGAGAGGGCUGGAUGUUUUCAUAGACACUGAUAGUGGAGAAGUAUAGUUUGAUUUAUGUCUAGGAUAGAGUUUAAAAUUCUCCCCUCCAGCCCCAAUUUUAUUAUUUAUUUUGCCAUUAUUAUUUACUCAAAUCUCAUGUCAUUCAAAACCUGAGGUCUAUUGCUUAAAACCAUCAACCAACUAAGUUAGCAAGUUCAGUUUUUACAAACAUAAUUCAACAAUGUGUCAUUUCCAGAAUGCAUAGUUAACAAGAAAAUUCAUAGACAUCACUGCAGGCUUGUGUGGUUAUGGCUACAGCUUUCUGCCUGUGGUUAGAAGCAUAUCUUCUUAAUGUGACAUAUGAACCUAAAGAAAGCAUGCACUUGGUAAAUGCAUCAUGGAAAAUAAGCAAGCUAAAUUGCAGAACAUUUUACAUGUUUUAUUCCAAACAUAAAACAAGAGUGUGCAUGUGCAUACUUGCUCCAGUACCAACAACAGAGUAGUUAAAGAACAAAUCUUUAGAUGCAAUGUUUGUAGUUGUUUUAACAGCAAUAACCUAACUUUAUUGACCUUGAACUGUUUAAUUACAGGAACUUGUCACUCCACCACCUUUCACAUCAUGUUAUGACUAGCUAGUUAGUUUUUGUCAUGAGAGUUGUCAUCAUUCAGGAAACGCACCUUUGUAUGACUUUUCAUCGUUAUUGUUUAAUUUAGACAAGUGAAUGGAAUUAAAAACAACAUGUUCCCUUUUAGGGUGACUCGGUGGCUCAAUGGUUAGCACUGUUGCCUCACAGCAAGAAGGUCGCUGGUUCGAAUCCAAGCUGGGCCAGUUGGCAUUUCUGUGUGGAGUUUGCAUGUUCUCCUCGUGUUCGUGUGGGUUUCCUCCGGAUGCUCCGGUUUCCCCCACAGUCCAAAGACAUGCGCUGUAGGUGAAUUGAAUAAACUAAAUUGGGCCUAGUGUAUGAGUGUGAAUGAGUGCAAAAAGAGAAUGAGUACUAGGAUGCAGCUGGAAGGGCAUCCGCUUUGUAAAAGAUGCUGGAAUAGGUGGUGGUUCAUUCCGCUGUGUUGACCCCUGAUGAAUAAAGGGACUAAGCCGAAGGAAAAUGAAUGAAUGAAUGUUCCCUUUCGACUUGUACAGAAAAAAAGAUAUUCUCAUUACUGUUCCACAGAAGAAAUAAAGCCAUACAGUUUUUGGGUUACAGGUAGGUAAUUAAUAACAGAACUCAUUGUGUGAUCUGUCUCCUUAAAGUCUCUGGAAUUGCCCAUAUCCCAGCAUACAUCUUUUGCUUUAUUAUACCUAAUAAUAUUGUAACAAACAAAACAAACUGUUGUAUUGUAUUGCCAAUGUCAAACUUUGUAAACCUUGUACAUGAUUUUACUGUGGGGGUUUACGAUCUACCAUGCCGGACUAUAUGUGGAAAAUGUCAGUUUUAAGUCUGUUUAUUUCAUCAUCAAAGUAUCACAAUGGCUCAUAACACCUAACAGCAGCAGGUUGUCAAGCUAAUCACCUACAAUUAUGAUAACUAUGAUGUUUGCAUUGUGGAAAUGUACAGUAAAUUACAAGAACCAUAUAUAAAUACACAAAAAAAAAAAUGGAAAAAAAAUGUAUUGUUCCUCAAAUUUCUCUAUGUGUAUGGAAAUAAAUCCAGUCUCUACAUAUUCCUGAAACUGUACUGCAGGGAAAUUAUAACAAUUUGCUUGCUGGACAGGUUUGAGCUCCACUAAACCUUGACAGCUUUUUGGGCUCUGUGCACGAAUCUAAUAAACAGUGCCCUUUUGUUUUUAAA